CACCCGACGCGUAAAACGCGCGCACGUCUGACCGCUCCGACCGCCCCCAUUUUCCAACGACAGGGUCUCGGCCUCAAGGAUGACGGCGAGGCGCUCGACAUGAGCGCUGGAUGGGUGGGCCAGGAGCAGGCGCGGGAGGCGUGCGGGGUGGUGGUCGACAUGAUCCGCCAGAAGAAGAUGGCUGGCCGCGCCCUGCUCAUGGCGGGCGCGCCCGGAACCGGCAAGACCGCGCUCGCGCUCGGCAUCGCGCAGGAGCUCGGAUCUAAGGUUCCGUUCUGCCCCAUGGUCGGCAGCGAGGUGUACUCCUCCGAGGUGAAGAAGACCGAGAUCCUCAUGGAGAACUUUCGCAGGGCGAUUGGCCUCCGCAUCAAGGAGAACAAGGAGGUGUACGAGGGCGAGGUCACCGAACUCACCCCGGAGGAGACCGAGAGCACGAGCGGCGGCUACGGCAAGGUCAUCUCGCACGUCGUCAUCGGCCUCAAGACCGUUCGCGGCACCAAGCAACUCAAGCUCGACCCGACCAUCUACGACGCCAUGCAGAAGGAGGGCGUGCAGGUGGGCGACGUCAUCUACAUCGAGGCCAACUCGGGUUCCGUCAAGCGCGUGGGGCGAUGCGACGCCUACGCCACCGAGUUCGACCUCGAGGCCGAGGAGUACGUCCCGUUGCCCAAGGGUGACGUUCACAAGAAGAAGGAGAUUGUCCAGGACGUGACCCUGCACGACCUCGACUCGGCAAACGCCAAACCCCAGGGUGGCCAGGACAUCAUGAGCGUGAUGGGCGCCAUGAUGAAGUCGAAGAAGACGGAGAUCACCGAGAAGCUGAGGCAAGAGAUCAACAAGGUGGUGAACCGGUACAUCGACACCGGAGUCGCCGAGCUCGUCCCCGGCGUCCUCUUCAUCGACGAGGUUCACAUGCUGGACAUCGAGUGCUUCACGUACCUGAACCGCGCGCUGGAAUCCUCCCUCGCGCCCAUCGUCAUCUUCGCCACCAACCGCGGCAUCUGCGAGAUCAAGGGCACGGAUAUGUCCGCGCCGCACGGCGUUCCCGUCGAUCUUCUGGACCGUCUGGUCAUCAUCCGGACGCUUCCGUACGCGGCGGAGGAGAUGGUGAAGAUUCUCGCGGUGCGAGCCGCCGUCGAGGGACUUCGCGUGGAUGAGGAAUCGCUCGCUCGGCUCGGCGAGAUCGGCGACGCGACGUCUCUGAGGCACGCGGUGCAGCUGCUGACGCCCGCGGCGGUGAUGGCGAAGACCAACGGACGGGAGGAGAUCGUCUUGGGCGACCUCGAGGAGGUGGGCGAUCUCUUCCUGGACGCGAAGGCAUCCGCGAAGCUCCUCACCGAGCAGGCGGACAAGUACCUCUCCUGAGCGUGCGUGCGGACGUUCAUUCUCGGGGUUUGGACGCGCGGCGGGCGUGUCGUCGAGUGCUUACGAUGCAUGCUCCGUGUGCUUCAUUGACAUGAUAUAAAUCGAGACUAAGUUACGAGUAU